AUGUCUUCGGGGCAAUUGAUAUGUCCGCUUUGCUGUGCGUGUUUGAAGGAAGAAGGAGCGCAUUUCUUUAAGCAUUUCCGAUACAAGUGAGCAGUUUAAACAGAAAAGCGACGGUUUAUGUGAUAUUUGUAGACGUUUUACGUGCGGAGAAAGCAGUUGCGAUUUGGGCUUUUACACCGAGUCGGAGCGGAAUGCUCAUUGUGCAGAACUCUCUCACAAAAGAUCGUUCCAGGUUGUGAACUAGGAUUAGAAAAGAAAUUAAGAUUACCAGUUUUCAGAAAACCGUAAAUCCGUACAUAGAUAAUCUGAUCAAAAUAAUUACUGAAGACGCCCGAAAACUGGCCACUGAAUCCAUGGAAUCGGUACUCGCGAGUCGAUUCGAAAGCAGCGGAGAACAGAACAUUUCCGUAACUCCUUCGGCGAUUCCAAAGAAGAAAAGAACUCUUCAAAAGCGCGCAAGCACCCCCGUUUUAACCAAAAAAACAAAACAAUGCACUCCGGGAUCUGAACAAUCUUCAUCGAAUUCGACCUCUUCUGCUGACCCGUAAAUAUUCUGAAUUCAAUGACUCAUCACAACAUUUGUUUCCAGUAAACACCGUACCAACUCGGCUUCUGCUCCGUCUGGAAAUGCCGUUUUUGAAGUCGAUUCGACUACGAAUGAAGUGCCCGUCGUCCCGUCUUCCACGGAGAAACAGAAGCGAACGAGAAAGUCACGGACAGAAGUGAUAGGAAGUGAGCAGUAAAAAUGAAUACAUAUUUCUUUCAGUUCGAUCCAAUUCCAACCAAUUUAACACGUCGUAAUACGUCCUACGACGAGAUGUCUCCUUUCGAAAAGCUGGCCGGAUGGUACGAUCCGAACGUUCCGGAAAGACAAAACGCGGCGAAGAUCCGCUGUGAAGAGUGUAAUAAGGAUAUCGUCUAUGAUUACAGUUCGUCUCAUUCCUUCGUUUCGCUCACUCAAGUUUCCUUUCAGUUAUUCGUAAAAGUCACGUUACCAAAGAACAUAUGGCAGCCGAUGUGGCUGCGGAGGAUUAUGAGGGUAUUCUGAAGGCGGCGGUGAUUCCAUUCUCAUCAUUCUGUUAUUCAUUUCCCGGUUUCAGAUGGAGAAAUCAUAUCCAGGAUACCCGAAUUCGAAUUUUUCGUGUCAGCUCUGCAUGGGCAGUGGCGACGUGGCUAAGAAUCGGCGAAGAGAACACAUUGAGACGAUGCAUUCGGGGAAGAUUCCGGACCUGAGAUGUCCUAUUUGCGAGAGAGGAUUCAAAAGACAAUGCGGGUUGAGCACACACAUGAAAGAGGUGUCAGACCGGUAUCUGAUAAUUUCUCACGCUUCGAAAGUUCAGGAACACAAAACGUCGAUGUGCCAUUUAAAAAAUUCGGUUUUCCAAAAAGAGCGUCAUCGGCGCAAUGCAAUGAUCGGAGAGCUGACCACGAUGUGCUUCCCUUGGGCAAAAAUUGAGCCAUUCGAAUGCAAAAGCGCCGUUCGUUUUGUUGAGUUCUAUAAUUCCGUUGAAGAUCCAUUUUGUGCAGGAACCAUCAGGAUCGUUGUUGUCAAGAUAUCGAUCAAAUUCGGAGAGAAACAUUCCCGCUACUAAUGAUGGCCCGAUCGUAACUGACGUUCGACUGCGCGAUGCUCACGUUAGUAUUCUAACGCGGUUAUCUUUGUUAUAGCUCUUUCGAUUCCAGAAGACUCGUCGUGCUCCGAGGUACAACUCUUCGUCCGGAUCUUCUACGGACGAUGAAGAGAGCGGAGCUCCGGAUGACACCGGCAGCGAAAAGAGCACCGACUUCACGAAGGAUGUCGAAUUCAUCGGACAACAAUUCAUUUCGGAAAUCACAAGAAAGCUCUUAAUGAGAAACUCGAUCAAACCGGAGGAACAGUCGGAUGACAAAGCGACUGACCAAGAGACGUCGACAGACCAAGGAUUGUCAAGAGGAUCAACGGCGAAGACGGUGAAGCAGGAACCGGUGGAAGAGCCGCAGACUCACGGAGAAACGGAUAACAGGUGAGAGAUCACAAAAUGAGAAGAUGAAAAUCAAGGAUAAUAUUCUUUUUCAGCGGCUCGCAGUUGUCCGAAAUGCUCCCUCUGCACGCGCCAUUCGUCCCAACCCCCGUUUCUCCUCUUCCAGUUCAAGCUUCCCCUUCUCCGAAGCAUCAUGCAAUAACUUACGAUCAGCAACAUCAAGAACAAAGUUAUCGCAGCUACAGGUAACUUCAAGUGUUCCGCUGCUCACCAUCAAUUCCAUCAUUUCAGACCUAAAAAUUCCGAUUCCCGACAGUCAUCAUACCUUCCUAGGAAUCGAUACACUUCGAAUUCCUGGUUGUCUCGCCCAGAAAGCGACAGUCACAACAUAAACCAGUGGCGCCGUAGUUCGGGACAGUCCCGUUGGGAGACCUCCUCCCGCCACACCAAUUCGAACGACUCCCACCGUUCGUCCUCCAGCUAUCGCAGUUCCUCCCAAAAUUCGAGCUCACGUGGAUUCGGAGCAAAACAUACCCGUUUUUGA